CAUCCUCUCGACGCCGGUUGUCUUUCCGCGUCCGGUAUCAGGUGGACGGAUCUGCUUCAUGGGCGGGACUCUGCAGCCAGCUGGAGUAAAGCAGCUCAGAGAAUAACAGUUUGCAGAUCAGUGGGUGAAGCGUCUUGAUGGGAACAGCAUCGCGAACAUCCGCCCUGUUACAACCGAAGGGCGAGCACGUUAACGGACUCGGUUCAUUCCCGUUGUACGGAGCAGAAGGAGCGCUUACGGAGGCGAGUUUCCAACACAGGCUACACUUACGCAGCUACGCAGCUCAGCAGAAUGAAAAAAAAGUUAAAGCAGCCAACUGCGUCAAGUAGUCUGCUGCGUCUGCUCUGCAAUCAUGUAGCUACUUUUUUGUAAGCUAUGAAUUCAGAAGAAUGUGCCAUUUGCAGUUGCCUUGCAGGAUACUUUGAAGAGUAUAGUUCGUAGGUUGUGAGGUGAACUCUCGGUUUUUUUUGCGCUCCUGGUCCCGUCACUGCAGCCAAAAACAUGGCACGACUACGCAGGAAAGCGUGCAUAGCUCUGUUUCUCUUUACGCUGUUCGUCUUUGGGACCCUGAUGGGACUGAGGACCCUGAAGCCCAGUGACGGCUUCUCGGAUCUGGCUCCGGGCUUGGAGCUGCUGCCGAUGAUCGCAGGGAAGAUGGACCGGCGCUCGGUGUCCCGUGAUGCCACCGCGUCCCAGGAUCAAGACCGUCCGGCUGGCAGCGACACUAAAGCAGUUUUGUCCAACUCUGGCCCCGAAGGUACCAUCUUUUAUGAUGUUCAUAUAUUUUACUACACCUGGUACGGCAACCCAGACAUGGACGGCAAGUACAUUCAUUGGGACCAUAUCCUGGUUCCACACUGGGACCCCAAAAUCGCGUCCAGCUACCCGAGAGGAAGACACAUGCCGCCUGAGGACAUCGGCUCCAGUUUCUACCCCGAACUUAAUCCGUACAGCUCGAGGGACCCGGACGUGUUGGAUUCCCACAUGGAGCAGAUAGGAGCAUCUGCAGCAGGGGUUCUGGUCCUGUCCUGGUAUCCCCCCGGCUUGGCUGACGACAACGGGGAACCCGCUGAGGAUUUGGUACCAGCUGUGCUGGAUGCUGCAUAUAGACACAACCUCAAGGUUGCAUUUCACAUCCAACCAUACAGAGGACGAAACGACCAGAGUGUGCACGACAACAUCAAGUAUAUUAUUGACAGGUAUGGUGACCAUGGAGCCUUCUACAAGUUCACUUCCAGCACAGGGAAGAGUCUUCCUCUAUUUUACAUCUACGACUCCUACCUGACUCCUCCAGAGUUCUGGUCUGAGUUCCUGACUCCCACCGGCUCCCACAGCGUGCGUGGCUCAGCCUAUGACUCCAUCUUCAUUGCGCUGAUCGUGGAGGAGCGCCACAAGCACGACAUCCUCGCAGGAGGCUUUGAUGGCAUGUACACUUAUUUUGCCUCCAACGGUUUCUCCUUCGGCUCCUCUCACCAGAACUGGAAGACCAUCAAAGCUUUUUGUGACGGCAACAACCUCCUCUUCAUCCCAAGCGUUGGACCUGGUUAUAUCGACACCAGCAUCCGGCCGUGGAACAACCACAACAUGCGCAACAGGGUGAACGGUCGUUACUAUGAGACAGCCCUGCAGGCAGCGCUGAAUGCGAGGCCGGACGUCAUCGCCAUCACAUCAUUUAAUGAAUGGCACGAGGGAACGCAGAUAGAGAGGGCAACGCCCAAAAAAACAGUGACCCGUGUGUACUUGGACUAUCAGCCACACGGACCUGAUCACUACCUGGAGUUGACCCGCCGCUGGGCGGAGCAGUUCAACAAAGAGAAGGAGCAGUGGCUCAUGUGAGCUUUCAUCAAACUGACUUGAAACAGCAUGCUCGAGUGGAAGUGUGUGUGCACAUGAAGGAGAGACAACAAAGGGGGGCGAGGGGGAGUGAAUGUUGAGACUGAUCAGGAUAGAUGCGAGCGCAUAAAGAUGAGCCGAAUGUGAGAGUUUCUGCAAGUGUGUGUGCGUAUUUUUGUGCACACAUGCCGAUCUGCAAGAACAGGACACUGUGUCGUCGGUGUGACUUGUCUCGUUUGAGUUUCUGAGUAAAGCAGCAUUAAAGAAAGGGUUAUUCUGGGGGAAUUUGUUCCAUUGACAGCCCAGAGUCCUAAAAUGUUCGGUCGGCCGUCUCUUGGUCUUUGUUCACUUAAUGUAACUUCAUGAACUGUCUCAAACACACGAAGAAAACCGUCAUCAUGUAGGCUAAGGGCCUCCUUCCCUCUCUGUGGUUAAAUAAUAGAAUUGAUGACAAUAGCCACUUCUACGGUUUCACUUUCAUACACUAACGGUGACUUCCCCUUUGUUUGAAAACGCAUGACAUACUGCAUACUGAAUCUGUAUGCACUGCAUACUGCCUAUUAAAUUAACCAUUUAGUAUGCCAUUACCAGCACACUGUUCACACUGAAGUAUACCCAAGCAAUACAUCUUCUCUGCAUCACAUGACUGUAUCGAUGACAACGUUAAUGGUCCGCGCUACCAUUGAAUGCAAAUUGUUUAUCACAAAUUUUAAAUCAGCAUUACCUCUACCACUCAAUUUAAUAUGUUCCUGUAUUAUUUUAAGGCAAAUUAAAAUUAAUAAAUAUUUUUAAAAG